AUGAACGAGAAAGCCAACGUCUCUAAGGAGCUUAAUGCCCGGCAUAGAAAGAUUCUUGAAGGGCUUCUUAAACAUCCAGAAAACAGAGAAUGUGCUGACUGCAAAACAAAGGGUCCAAGAUGGGCUAGUGUUAAUUUAGGUAUUUUUAUCUGCAUGCAAUGUUCUGGAAUUCACAGGAGUCUCGGAGUACACAUAUCAAAGGUUCGAUCUGCCACUUUGGACACAUGGCUCCCCGAGCAGGUUGCAUUUAUUCAGUCAAUGGGAAAUGACAAAGCAAAUAGUUACUGGGAAGCUGAGCUACCCCCAAACUAUGAUAGAGUUGGAAUUGAGAAUUUCAUACGUGCAAAGUAUGAAGAGAAGAGAUGGGUUGCUAGAGGUGAAAAGGCUAGAUCACCCCCAAGAUUCGAGCAGGAGCGGCGGAGGUCUGUGGAGAGAAGUGGGCCUGGAUAUGAGCAUGGGCACAGUAGCAGCCCUGUAAAUUUGUUUGAGGAGAAGAAAACUAUCCAAGCAUCUAGAGCAAGAAAUAGUACUGCUGCAACGAGGAUAAGACUUCCCGUGCCGCCCCAAGGACCUGAUCAGGUUAUAAAGCCACAACAGAAAAUAGAACCUGCAGCUGCUCCCGUGGAGACGACGAAACCAGCAGUAAAUGUUGCACCAGCACCAGAUCCUCCAAAGGUGGACUUUGCUACUGACCUCUUCAACAUGCUAUCAAUGGAUGAGCCAACUGCAAAUACCUCAGAGGCAGCUCCUGCUGAUGAUAACUCAUGGGCUGGCUUUCAGUCGGCUGGAAGUGGUCAAGCGGCAGAGAAAACUGUCACAGCGAAACCUGAUGAGAGCAGUUCUCCUCCAGCUACUGGGAUUGAGGAUUUGUUUAAAGACACACCUAAUUUAACAUUCCAUCAAGCACCACAGAAAGAUGUGAAAGGCGAUAUCAUGAGCCUAUUUGAGAAGACGAAUAUAGUGUCGCCUUUUGCCAUGCAUCAGCAACAGGUUGCUAUGCUUGCUCAGCAGCAAGCUCUUUACAUGGCUGCAGCAAAAGCUGCAGGAGGAGCCACUCCAAACGGCGUGAAUCAACAACAACAAGCUGUAGCUAAUGCUCUCAACUUAGCGUCUGCCAAUUGGUCGAACACUGGCUACCAGAUCCCCGGAAUGACUAACCCUGUAGGUGGUCAAGCUGAUCUCCAUAAACUUAUGCAAAACAUGAACGCAAACAUGAACAUGAGACCCGCGCAACCGCAAGAGAACACUCUUCAAUAUCCAAGUUUCUACACGACGGGGCAAGUUAAUUCCGGGGCAAAUGGUAUGACCCCAAGCUCAUCAACGGCGGCGGCGCAACCAACGAGCAACACACCGUCUUCUCAAUCAGGCAAAGACUUUGAUUUCUCUUCCUUGAUGGAUGGAAUGUUCACAAAACAUUGA